ACACGUCACUGGUUUCUGAGUAUCCCGAGGCAUCGAAACAGAACAGGCCACAGUUAACUUUGUGCGGAAUACAUGAGACGCCGAAACUAGUAAAGCUUUCGGUAUAUCUUACAAUAAAUGUCAGCCAUGGCAAUUAUCUUCAGCGUGAUUCAAAUAUUGUUCUAUGCCACACUGACAACGGCACAGCAUCCAGCCGCUCAUUCUGCGAUAAACUGGUUUUAUCAACCAUCAUUCGGUUGCGGUUGCGAUUCACGUUAUAUGCCGAGACCGGCCUACCCGCAGUGGAAUCAACCGUUCGCCAAAAGAGACGAUUACACGUACACGCCGAAUAUUGGCGGUUACAAAGUUCACACGCGAGCUGUUCCUUGGAACGAUGCACGAAUGACUUGCGAAGAGGAGGGUGGUCACUUGGCCAUUCUCAACUCCAUAGCCGAAGCGAAAGUAGUCACUGAGUUGUUCAAAAAAUCAUCUCCAAUCACUGGAUCACCUCAUCCGGAUUUUGCCAGUAUUGGAUUUCACGAUCUUUAUCGGGAAGGCCAAUAUGUGACCAUUCACGGUCAGACGUUGGCGAAAGCUGGUUUCGGCGAGUGGGCAGAUGGACAACCAGAUAAUGCGGGUGGUGCCGAAAAUUGCGGAUCAUUGCACAAAAGUGGCGGACUUAACGAUAUCAAUUGCGGUACACAGUUUGGUUUUAUAUGCGAGUUACCAAUCUACUGAUGAAGACAUCUAACAAGAGUGAUCGAUUUUUAUUGGCAGAUAGUAUGUCGUUGAUAAAUAACGUAGAAUAUUAAAUAAUAGAACCGUCUUUCAGACAAAUAUAUAUAUAGAAUAAAUCUUUAUAUCUAUGAUAAA